GUCCGGCCGCGGCCGCCGUCACGCCAGUGAGAGAAAGUUGGCCGCGGCGAGCGAACGAGUCCCGCGAGUGGAGCGGCGCGCGCCGCACCGACCCACUGUACGCGCGAUACAUCGCCAUCCGCCCGUCCGCCGCCCUUGUAAACACUCUGACAUGCACUUGAAAUCGUGAGGCUUAUGAUUUGUGAAGACUUGUUCAUGUUUUGCAUACAAGCGUAGACUUUUAAAGAUAAAAAUAAAUAGAAAAACUGUUCAGUAUUUGAGAAAGAUGCAGUGCUAUCCUAAACUAUCGCCGAAACGCGAACCCUCGGACCACGGAUACGAUAUAGAGAUGAUUGGUGGUGCUCGAAGGCUGGAGCUGCCAGCGCCGCCGGGCAAGGAGUUCCGAGCGCCGUGCUUGUUGCCGGCGCCGGCGCUGCCUCCUCCUACGACACACUCGGUUAUUCAAUGUAUGCGACCUCCGCCACCACCGCCACCGCCGCCCCGUCUGCACAAGCCACCAACUUUUGAGGAACCCUCGAGCUCCAUCCCAGAUCUAGAGUUCGAUGGCACCACGGUGCUGUGUCGGGUCUGUGGAGAUAAGGCGAGUGGUUUCCACUACGGCGUGCAUUCCUGUGAAGGCUGCAAGGGCUUCUUCCGCCGCUCCAUACAACAGAAGAUCCAGUAUAGACCCUGCACUAAAAAUCAGCAGUGUUCUAUCUUAAGAAUAAACAGAAAUCGGUGUCAAUAUUGCCGAUUGAAAAAAUGCAUCGCCGUCGGAAUGAGCAGAGAUGCUGUACGAUUUGGACGUGUACCGAAACGCGAAAAGGCUCGUAUAUUAGCGGCGAUGCAACAAUCGUCGUCGUCUCGAGCUCAAGAACAAGCAGCAGCCGCGGAGUUGGAUGAUGCUCCGCGGCUGCUGGCGCGAGUGGUGCGCGCUCACCUCGACACCUGCGAGUUCACGCGCGACCGCGUGGCUGCCAUGCGCGCCCGCGCUCGUGACUGUCCCACCUACUCUCAACCCACUUUGGCUUGCCCGUUGAAUCCAGCGCCAGAGUUGCAGUCUGAGAAAGAAUUUUCUCAGAGAUUUGCCCACGUUAUCCGUGGCGUGAUAGACUUUGCUGGCCUCAUACCUGGAUUCCAGUUACUUACUCAAGAUGACAAGUUUACUUUGUUAAAGAGUGGUCUCUUUGAUGCCCUAUUUGUGCGGCUUAUUUGUAUGUUUGAUGCUCCGCUCAAUAGUAUAAUAUGCUUAAAUGGCCAACUUAUGAAAAGAGACUCAAUCCAAAGUGGAGCCAAUGCACGUUUUCUCGUAGACUCAACAUUUAAAUUUGCUGAGCGUAUGAAUUCCAUGAAUUUAACAGACGCCGAAAUCGGAUUGUUCUGUGCUAUAGUUUUAAUUACACCUGACCGCCCUGGUCUUCGCAAUAUAGAAUUGGUAGAAAGAAUGCACGCAAGACUAAAGGCGUGCCUCCAAACGGUCAUUACUCAAAAUAGACCAGAUAGACCUGGCUUUCUCCGGGAAUUAAUGGAUACUCUACCAGACUUACGUACAUUAAGUACCCUUCAUACAGAAAAACUGGUCGUGUUCCGCACAGAGCACAAGGAGUUACUGCGACAACAGAUGUGGGGUGAUGAAGAAGGAUCUUGGGCAGAUUCAGUUGUUGACGAAUCGGCCCGCAGUCCUAUUGGAUCCGUAUCUAGCAGUGAAUCUGGCGAAGUCGUGGGCGAAUGCGGUACCCCUCUAUUGGCCGCAACCCUAGCCGGACGCCAAAGGCUUGAUUCUCGUGGCUCCGUCGACGAGGAAGCUCUCGGUGUUGCUCAUUUGGCACACAACGGGCUUACGGUUACACCAGUACGACCUCCACCGCGUUACCGAAAAUUAGAUUCUCCCACUGACUCCGGAAUCGAAUCCGGUAACGAAAAACAUGAAAGGAUCGUCGGCCCCGGUUCGGGCUGCUCGAGUCCCCGGUCGUCUCUCGAAGAACAUACGGAAGACAGACGGCCACCCGCCCUCGCAGAUGACAUGCCGGUUUUAAAACGAGCCUUGGAAGCGCCACCGAUUCGGCCCUUUGACGCUCCACGCCCGCGUUCGCUAAUGGAAGAAGCUUACAACCGCCAUAAAAAGUUCCGUGCUAUGCGCCGCGACACCGGGGAGGCCGAGGCGCGACCGAUGCCACUGACGCCGUCGCCGCAGCCCCAGCACCCGCACCCCGCGAGCCCCGCGCACCCGGCGCACUCGCCGCGACCGUUGCGCGCCUCGCUGUCGUCCACGCACUCGGUGCUGGCCAAGAGCCUCAUGGAGGGCCCGCGCAUGACGCCCGAGCAGCUGAAGCGCACCGACAUCAUCCAGCAGUACAUGCGGCGCGGCGAGGCGGCGGUGGCGCCGGGCGAGUGCCCGCUGCUGGCGUGGCGCGGCGCGUCGCCCAAGGCCGAGCCCGUGCUGGAGCUGCAGGUGGACGUGGCGGACGCGCCGCUGAACCUGUCCAAGAAGUCGCCGUCGCCGCCGCGCUCCUACAUGCCGCGCAUGCUGGAGGCGUGAGGCCGGCCCGCGGAGCCGCCCGUCUCCGCUACCCCACCCCGACCUACUUUAAAUUGAAUAAACUAUGUAGUUAAUGAUCGUUCGCAAAUCGGUUUAAUAUAUUAUAUGUGAUAAUUCGUUUAAGACGCGUGCGUGUGUGGCCGGUGCCGGACGAGGAGAGCGCAAUAGACUGAAAAAUAAUUUAAGACUAUAUAAGUAUAAUUAUUUAUAAUGCAAUGCAGCACCGGUCGUGGUGUGUUUGUGUGUGUAUUGUAUGUGCGUAUGUGGGCGUGCUCAGUCAUUUGUUUGUUAAUAUAAUGACAGGUUGUCGAAUUAAAAUAAAACAAACUUGUAAAAAUUU